GACACGUGGAACACCUGCGGGAGAGCGGGGGCGGGGUCACCCUGCGCGAAGGGACGGAGCUGGGGCUACCUCAGGAAAUGGGGGGUCCAGGGAAGGCCCCGGGGAGUAGAGAGAGGGAAACUCACUCUCCUCGUCCCCGACCCGCCUCAGACAAGGUUUAAUGUAACAUACCCUCUCAAGCUUUAUCCCCGCUCCUUCUCUCUAAAUCAUCACAUUCGAAAAAGAGGAAAUCAUGUCAGGACACAAAUGUUACUCGUGGGACUUACAGGACCGAUAUGUUCAAGAUAAAUCGGUGGUAAAUAAGAUGCAGCAGAAAUAUUGGGAAACUAAGCAGGCCUUUAUUAAAGCCACAGGAAAGAAGGAAGAUGAGCACGUGGUUGCCUCUGAUGCAGACCUGGAUGCAAAGCUGGAGCUGUUUCACUCGAUUCAGAGAACCUGUUUGGACUUGUCUAAAGCAAUUGUACUGUAUCAGAAGAGAAUAUGUUUCUUGUCUCAGGAAGAAAAUGAACUGGGAAAGUUUCUCCGAUCCCAAGGCUUCCAAGAUAAAACCAGAGCGGGAAAAAUGAUGCAAGCGACAGGAAAGGCCCUGUGCUUUUCUUCUCAGCAAAGGUUGGCGUUGCGCAAUCCUCUGUGUCGAUUUCACCAAGAAGUGGAGACUUUUCGGCAUCGGGCCAUCUCAGACACCUGGCUGACGGUGAACCGCAUGGAGCAGUGCCGGACGGAAUAUAGGGGAGCGCUGUUAUGGAUGAAGGACGUGUCCCAGGAGCUGGAUCCAGACCUCUACAAGCAAAUGGAGAAGUUCAGGAAGGUACAGACACAGGUACGUCUUGCAAAAAAAAACUUUGACAAGUUGAAGAUGGAUGUGUGUCAAAAAGUGGAUCUUCUUGGAGCAAGCAGAUGCAAUCUCUUGUCUCACAUGCUAGCAACAUACCAGACUACCCUGCUUCAUUUUUGGGAGAAAACGUCUCACACCAUGGCUGCCAUCCACGAGAGCUUCAAAGGUUACCAACCCUAUGAGUUCACCACACUGAAGAGCUUGCAAGACCCAAUGAAAAAACUAGUUGAGAAAGAAGAGAAGAAGAUCACCCAACAGGAGAGUAUAGAGGCGCCCACGCAGGAGUCGAGUCAAUUGAUCUCUAUAGAGGAUGAAGACCAGCACAAGGACUCCUCUUGUUUUAAGACCGAAGAUGGAAAAGAUGUUUUCUCUGCCCUAGACAAAAGUGUGAUGAAUAACGCAUGUUCAGAACCCAUAGAUGGACUGUUAUACAUGAAAUCUGAAGAAGGUGCCAGCCCAGGCCCCGGGACAGGGAUCCCAGACCCCGAAGGCGCUGACAAAGAUGACUUGCAAUUGCUUACGGAGAUCUUCAGCACAUCCUCCCUGGAGGAGGGCGAGUUCGGCAGAGAGUGGGCUGCAGUGUUUGGAGAUGGUCGGCCGAGGGAGCCUGCAGCUGCCGUGGUCCUGGGAGAGCCAGACCUCAAGCCUCAGGCAGGAUCUGGCUUCCUCCCCUCUCAGCUUUUGGACCAAAAUAUGAAAGACUUACAGGCCUCACUGCAAGGCUGGUCAGAGAGCACAAUCAGUCCUCCUCCUCCAAGGUCAGCAGCAAAGACCAGCAGCCCAAAUGACAGCAGCCCUGAAGCAAAAGAGCCGGCCAAGGCGGCCUCGGACCUGACCGCCUGGUUCAGCCUCUUUGCUGAUCUCGACCCGCUGUCAAAUCCUGAUGCAAUUGGGAAAACUGAUAAAGAGCAUGAGCUGCUGAAGGCGUGAGUCCUGCGGCCUUGCGGGAAGGAGCCCCCGUGCCAUCGGCAUGGCAGCCCCGUGGCCCAGCAGGGGCACACGGCCAUCAGUAUGUUGUUUCAAUAUGUACGUGCCAUUUUAAUAAAACACAGGGGUCAAGGGCCCCGUUUAUAUUGCUAUAA